UCCUCUCAUGUCCUUUCCCAGCCGCCGUACUUUCUGCCCCGCCCCUUUGUUGCUUCUUCUCGAAAGCGUACAGGCCGCUCUUUGAAAAGCUAGUUAGAUAGCUAACUAGAAGACUAUUGAACACUUCGAAAGGGAAACAUAAAACUUGAGCUGGUGACCUCACAAGGAAUUCCCCUCCUGCUCUGGUGGGAGGAAGAAGAUCCAGUGUCAUGACAACUCAGAACCUGGAAUAACUUGUCUUGGUCGGAGACUCACAAAAGCAGCACUUCCUGAAACUCCCAGUGUGGGAAGAGAGAUCUAGGAGACCUUUGAAUACAUAUGAAAGGAAAGACACCUCACCCUAUUUUUUUGGGGGGGCCAAGACACAUUGUAACUCACCAGAAUAGGAUCAUUUAAGAAUCUUCUGGGACAAAAUGGAUCGAGAGAAGGGAAUGUUGAUGGAUGAAAUCGAAAAGGGUUUAUGGAAUUUAACCGAGGACAAUCUGCGUUACCUUUGUGAACGUCAUGGACACGGUGGGAAAGAUGGCUUCGAAGUUAAAGGCAUGGAUCACCGCUCGUUGCGGCGUAAAAUCCUGGAGGAAAUGUGGGACAAUACGGAUUCAAUGAAAUCAGAGGAGCAGGGAAUAUCUUGGUUAGUCCAACUGAAAGAGGACAUCAGGAGGAUACAGGAGGAGGGUAGCAGUGCUGAUGAUGAUGAUGCCGUAGACUGUGACGAAGAAUGGAACGGAGAGGGCGGGGUUCAGUUACCUAGCAAUGGGUUGGAGGUGGAGCCCAUGAGUUCCAGCCAAUCUGAUGAUGAUGGCGAUUUAGACUGUGAUGAAGAAAGGGACGAGGAGGUCAGGGAUUGGAUGGCUAGCGAUGGGCUGGAGGUGGAGUUGUCUCCAGAGAGGCACACACCAGAGCAGAGAGUGAGAGAGGACAAGCCUCCCCGGCCCCCCGCCACCCUCUCGAAGUCCCCGGGUCGUGCGUCCCGCGGUAGCGCCCUACUGCGCUGUCUGAAGAAGAGGGUGUCUGUGCAGCUAGACGACAGCAAGACAACUCGCACAGGAGAGAAAUCUCACCGCCCGUCUAGAGCUAAACGAUGCAAGAAAACUCUCCCAGGAGACAGGCCUGGCUCCCAUAUCUGUGAUCACUGUGGGAAGAAUUUAGGAAGUCAAAAAAGCCUGAAAAGCCACAUGCGCGUUCAUACCGAAGACAAACCUCAUGAGUGCUCCGAGUGUGGGGAGACGUUCCGUCUGUUAAGAAGCCUUAAAAAACAUCAGAAACUUCACACUGGUGAGGUCAGAGGGACGAAGAAAGUCAAAGUCCCUCAUCCGUGUCCUCACUGCGGGACGAUGCUAGCUUCGAAGAAAGAAUUAAAGGAUCAUCUGAGAAUCCGACACACUGAGAAAACUCAGCUCUGCUCUGAAUGUGGCAAGAGAUUCUCUAGCACCUACGCCCUGAGGAAACACCAGAGACUACACACUGGGGAGCAGCUCCACCUCUGCCCUGACUGUGGGAAGACCUUCUAUACUCAGGCACACUUGAUAUCUCACCAGAGGGUCCAUGCUGAACACAGGGAAAGGCCGCAUGUGUGUCCCGUCUGUGGGAGGGGCUUUACAGCAGCUUCGUCCUUGAAGUCACAUCAGAGUAUUCACACCGGAGAGAAACCUUACCUCUGCGCUGAAUGCGGGAAGAGUUUCAGAACAUUAGGACACUUCACAACACACCAGAAGCAGCAUGUCGAAGCAAAGCCAUCUUUCCCUUGCCCUGUUUGCAAUCAGUGUCUCUCAACAAAGCGCAACCUGAUAUUUCACCAAAGAAUGCACACAGGAGAGAAGCCUUACCACUGCUCUCAGUGUGACCGGCGCUUUGUUAAUGAGCAGAAAUUGAAAAGUCAUCAGCGUGUACACACUGGAGAGAAGCCCUACCUUUGCUCCCAGUGUGGGAAAAGUUUCGCUCUUUCACAAAAUCUUAAAAAGCAUCUCAGGGUGCAUUCAGGUGAGAGACGUUAUAGAUGUACCUAUUGUGUAAAGAGUUUCAUUUCUUCAUCUGGUCUGAAAUCACACCUGCAAACGCACACUGGAGUGAAACCCUGCCACUGCCCAGAAUGUGGGAAAGGUUUCUCAGAGAAGAGAGCUCUGAAGAAUCACAUGCUCACACACGGGAGAGAAACCGCUCCAACGUUCCAAUGUCUGUAAGAAUGUAACUCAGCACCAGCAGAUACACGCUGGGGUUGAAGAGCAUAAAUAACUGCCAUUAGAAUGAGUCGCUCUGGAUAAGAGCGUCUGCUAAAUUACUAAAACAUUUUUAAAUAAAACAUAGAUAUUGUACACCGCUGCCUUCCCGACUCCCACGUGAUAGUUCAUUUCUGUCUUAUUUUCUCUGAAAAGACUUUACCAAGAAACUACCAUUAACUAGUUAUUUUGUGUCUGGGUGUUCUGUUUAUGAAUUGUCUGCUUGCUUUGAACUGUUCUAGCUAGCCUGAAUCCAGAACCUGUUUUGUGCUAAUAUGUGUGUGUAUAUAUAAAUGUAUAUAUGACUCCCAUUUUGGCAUGUAUUUAGCAGUGUAUGGUGCAGUACCAAUGUGGACACAAAAAGGACACCACCACGCCUGUUAUUUUUGUUGUGAGGUUGCUUCACUUGUCUUCUACUAUGGUUGGCUCGCGCUAUGGCCGUUUUUAGAAGAAGUCUGCCAAGACAACUGUACAAAUCUGAACGAAGCAACUAGAUAAAUACAUUAUGACAUUUUAGUCCCGAGGUAACGAACACGCCCGCACUGAUCUGCCUCGUAUCUUUUGCAUAGAGUUGAUCAAAAGGACUCCGACUACAAUGGGCUGUUAUUAUAAUGUUCAAAAAUAAUACUGAAGUGAAUUUAUUUGUCAAAACAGGCUGAUUUAAGCCUGGGGGGUGGGGGGGGUAAGCUGUCAUUGUAAAUAAGAAUUUGUUUGUUAACUGACUUGCCUAGUUAAAUAAAAUAUAUACAUUUAUUUUUGGAUGACAUCCAAAAAUAUAUUUAUAUAUUUUAUUUAACUAGGCAAGUCGUGGUGCUCCCUGUGCACAUUGAGUGCGAGUGUGCAUGUGAGUUGGCCCCCGUGAAAAGGAUGCAACCCUAUCUCCUACAGUGCGACAGGUAACCUAGCGGUCAAGAGCGGUUAACCGAAAGGUUACUGGUUCGAAUCCCUGAGACGAAUAGGUGAAAAAUCUGCCCUUGAGCAAGGCACUUAACUCUAAUGGCUCCUGUAAGUCGCUCUGGAUAAGAGCGUCUGCUAAAUGUUUUAUAUAGUGCAAACGUGAGUAGGUUACGUUGAAAACAGUUUUCCAUUUUGGAUGCGGUCUCCAGUUAAUUUAUAGGCCGAGGUUACGAAUAUAAAGUGUUCUCCCUCUCCUUUAGAAACAUUUUUCUCAAAACUAAGGAUACAAAUCAUGUUUUGUGUUAUUUUACACACGCACAUUCAAGUUUCUCUCUUUCAUCGAUGCUUUACUCCCCUCUUCUGAACCCUCGUCCAAUGUGAUCGACAUGGUGCUGUAGCCUCAUAUUUCUGAACCCUCGUCCAAUGUGAUCGACAUGGUGCUGUAGCCUCAUAUUUCUGAACCCUCGUCCAAUGUGAUCGACAUGGUGCUGUAGCCUCAUAUUUCUGAACCCUCGUCCAAUGUGAUCGACAUGGUGCUGUAGCCUCAUAUUUCUGAACCCUCGUCCAAUGUGAUCGACAUGGUGCUGUAGCCUCAUAUUUCUGAACGGCUGGAAUAUAUAAACUCUGUGGCGAUUUGAAAGAAUAUUCCCAAAAUAUAUAUAUAUAUAUAUGUAUAUGUAUAUGUGUAUAUAUAUAUAUAUAUAUAUAUGUAUAUGUAUAUGUGAAGGCUUUACUGUCUGUUGUGACGGAUAUUGCCUUGAAUAAGACGCAGUUUACACGCUGCGUGGAGCAAAAAAACGAUCAGCCAGAGUUACUGAACACUAAAUGCUUCCUCCAUUAGCUAGCUACUGGCAACAUUAUAUUAUCGCAAUAAAUUAGUUUGUAUUAUUAUUAUUAUUAUUAAUAAUAAUAUCCAUUAAUUACAUGGCAGUUCAGAAGAAGUCUGAAGAAGCAACGAGCCACAUGUGUUUAUAUAUUUAUGUAAAGGUCUGGGCUCCUGUUCUUCUGAAUGAGUGUCUCUCUAUCCACUUCUUGUAUAAUGUGUCAUUGCUUAAGAACUAAUGAAUGGUAUUUUUAACAGACCCACGUUAUGUUCCCCGGGCGCCGAACACGUCGAUUUAAGGCAGGCUCCCCAGCACCUCUCCGAUUCAGAGGAGUUGUUAAAUGCAUUUCAGUUGAGGGAAUUUAGUUGUACAACUGUCUAGGUAUUCCCCCUUUCCCCUGGACUCCCAGGAGUCAUCUUUUAGUUCUACAUCAAUACAUGCACAAUUCAUAAUGUAGAUUAUAGUUGUACAACUGUCUAGGUAUUCCCCCUUUCCCCUGGACUCCCAGGAGUCAUCUUUUAGUUCUACAUCAAUACAUGCACAAUUCAUAAUGUAGAUUAUAGUUGUACAACUGUCUAGGUAUUCCCCCUUUCCCCUGGACUCCCAGGAGUCAUCUUUUAGUUCUACAUCAAUACAUGCACAAUUCAUAAUGUAGAUUAUAGUGUUCAUAGUGUACUCUGUAGUUUUUUA